GCGCCGCCCCCGCGCGCCCCAGGCCCUGAGGCGGCGGCGCCAACCGCCCCGGGGAGGAGGGGCCGGGUCGCACCGCACCGCAGCCGCCGCUUCCUGCGGGAGUCGGGUCCAGCCGGCGGCGCUCUGCCCCGAGCCUGCACGGCGCCUCGGGAGCUGAGACAAGAUCUGAAAUGGUCCGAUACACUACUGUGCUCCUUCAGAGACUCAUGCUUGCUGAUGAUGAGAAGUAAAAACUUUAACUUGUUAAAGCAUAUAUUUUGUAAAAAUUGGAAAUAUCUUGGUCACUACUAGUGAAUGGGAUUUGUGUUGCUGAAAGCAUAAACAGAGAAUUUUAAAAUAACUGAUCGACACAGACCUGUGGCUUGAGGUUAGUUUCAGAUGAGAUUAGUCUCUUUGGGGCCACACAGACUCAGUGCAACUGUGAUGGGGGAAAGUUAAAUGGGGCAAGAGUGACCAGUGAUAGGGAAAGAAGAAGUUUAUCUACUGGGAAAAUGGGUCGAUCUAACUCUAGAUCACAUUCUUCAAGAUCGAAGUCCAGAUCUCAGUCCAGCUCUAGGUCAAGAUCCAGGUCACACUCUAGAAAAAAGAGAUACAGUUCUAGGUCUCGUUCAAGGACGUACUCACGAUCUCGCAGCAGGGAUCGUGUUUAUUCUAGAGAUUAUCGCAGAGAUUACAGAAAUAAUAGAGGAAUGAGACGUCCCUAUGGUUACAGAGGAAGAGGUAGAGGGUAUUACCAAGGAGGAGGUGGUAGAUACCAUCGUGGAGGUUAUAGGCCUGUCUGGAACCGAAGACACUCCCGAAGCCCUAGGCGUGGCCGUUCACGUUCCAGAAGUCCAAAGCGAAGGUCUGUGUCUUCACAGAGGUCCCGGAGCAGAUCUCGUGGAUCUUACAGAUCUUCCAGGUCCCCAAGGUCCUCUUCAUCUCGUUCUUCAUCCCCAUACAGCAAAUCACCUGUCUCUUCCAAAAGACGUGGGUCUAUGGAAAAGCAGGCAAAGAAAACUGAAGGGGCUCCUUUGCAAGAUAGCCCUUUGAAAAAUAAAUCACAAGAUGAACAGAAAGAUACGUUUGAACAUGACCCAUCAGAAUCUCUUGACGAUUUUAAUAAAUCAUCAGCAGCUUCUGGCGAUAUUUGGCCUGGCCUUUCAGCGUAUGAUAACAGUCCAAGGUCACCCCACAGUCCUUCUAUUGCCACCCCGCCUAGUCAGAGUUCAUCUUGCUCUGAUGCCCCUUUGCUUAGUACAGCCCACUCAGCAAAGGACACACCUCAACAUUCCCAUUCCAUUCAGCAUAGUCCUGAGAGGUCUGGCUCUGGUUCCGUUGGAAAUGGUUCUAGCCGUUAUAGUCCUUCUCAGAAUAGCCCAUUGCAUCACAUCCCUUCGAGGAGAAGCCCUGCAAAGACAAUCCCAUCACAGAGUGCUCCCCGUGAGGAGCCUCGAACACGUUCGUUUUAUCCUGAGACUGGGGAACAGGAAACUGUAAAAGGUGGAAAGUUUCUGAAAAGGUACACAGAUGAAGAGUCUAGAGUAUACCUGCUUGAUAGGGGUAAUACCAGGGAGAAGGAGGCCCAGAAGGAGAGAGGAUCAGAAAAAGGGAGGACAGAGGGAGAAAGGGAAUGGGAGGAUCAGGAAACUUUAGACUUUUUCGUUGAUAAAGAGACUGGGAAAGAGAAGUUUAAUGACUCUGAAGGGGAGGACACAGAGGAGACAGAGGAUUACAGACAGUUCAGAAAGUCUGUCCUGGCAGAUCAGGGUAAAAAUUUUCCUACUGCAUCUCACCGGAAUGCUGAGGAGGAAGGAACCAAAUACAAAUCUAAAAUAACAAUGAAGGGCAAUAGAGAGAGCGAUGGAUUUAGAGAUGAGAAAAGUUACAAGCCUAAAGAGACUGGCUAUAUAGCGGAAAGGCCUAGUACAGCAAAAGAUAAGCACAAGGACGAAGACAAGAGUUCUGAGAGACUAACGAUGAAGAAAGAAACUCAGUCACCUGAGCAGGUAAAGUCUGAAAAGCUCAAAGAACUCUUUGAUUACAGUCCCCCUCUACACAAGAAUCUGGAUGCGAGAGAAAAGUCCACCUUCAGAGAGGAGAGCCCACUUAGGAUCAAAAUGAUAGCCAGUGACUCGCAUCGUCCUGAAGUUAAACUCAAAAUGGCACCAGUACCUCUUGACGAUUCCAAUAGACCUGCUUCCUUGACUAAAGACAGGCUACUUGCUAGCACACUUGUCCAUUCCGUCAAGAAGGAGCAAGAGUUCAGAUCCAUCUUUGACCACAUUAAGUUGCCACAGGCCAGCAAAAGCACGUCAGAGUCAUUUAUUCAGCAUAUAGUGUCCUUGGUUCAUCAUGUCAAAGAGCAAUACUUCAAGUCAGCUGGAAUGACCCUAAAUGAGAGGUUCACUGCAUAUCAAAAAGCAACUGAAGAGCACUGCACUCGGCAAAAGAGCCCAGAAAUACAUAGGAGGAUUGACAUCUCUCCAAGUGCCCUGAGGAAGCAUACCCGUUUAGCAGGUGAAGAGAGGGUCUUUAAAGAAGAAAGUCAAAAAGGAGAUAAAAAAUUAAGAUGUGAUUCUGCUGAUCUUCGGCAUGACAUUGACCGCCGUAGAAAAGAGCGAAGUAAAGAGCGAGGAGACUCAAAGGGCUCCAGGGAAUCCAGUGGGUCAAGAAAGCAGGAGAAAACUUCAAAAGAUUACAAGGAUUACAAAUCUUAUAAAGAUGACAGUAAGCAAAAAAGAGAGCAAGACCGUGCUAGAUCUUCUCCAUCUUCCUCUCCAUCUGCUUCUUCAUCCAGUUCUCGAGAAGAAAAGGAUUGCAAGAAAGAAAGAGAUGAAGAGUUCAAAACUCACCACGAACAGAAAGAAUACUCUGGUUUUGCAGGAGUCAGCAGGCCGAGAGGCACCUUUGUAAGUUGUAUUUCUCCUGUUCUUCCCCCAAAUGAUGAAGACUGUAACAAUAGUGUAACAGAUUAAAUGAAUUGUUGCAGUACUUAAUGUUAGUGUAGACCUUUUUCAUAGUUGUGAUUCUUGAAUUCUUUUACAUGAUGUACCAAUUCUGCAGUGCUUUUCUUUCAGUCUUGUCCAAUAGAAGUCUUAUUUGGUGUGUAAAUAUUCAGUAGUACAGUAUUAGAGAACCCUAGUGUAAGGAUUAGAAAAACGAUUUCUUGUUUCUUCCUUGCUGUUUUGUAAUUAUACUGUAUCCUAACAGGAUAUUAAAAUUGACCUUUCUAUAAAGAUGAAAUCUUGUGAUCUAUUACCUGUUACUCUCUACAGUUUGUUUUCUUUUCUCCAUAACUUUCAAUUUUACUUUAAUCUCCUUUGUGUGUGAUGUCUGCAAACUAUUUAAUGGAGAAUGGUGCACAAUGAAACACAUGUUGGAAAAGAACUAUACUGGGGAGAGGAGAUGGUAUGCUUGCUACUUUCCAGUGUUUCUGUAGCCUGUACUAGCCACAGUAAGCAUGCAAGCAUAUUAAUCUAGCUCUGGAAUGUGUUUUAGCAUUGAGAUUUGGAAAAUACCAUGUUGACCUUCAUGGUCUUCAUAACAUUUUUAAAGGUAAAAAUUGCAAGUUAGCGUAACUUACUGGGAAAUGUAGCAGCGUUAGAAAAGAUUAAGUAAUAGAAAAGGCAUUGGAAAUAAAAACAUCCAUGCAGAAAUUAAAAAUGCCUUAAAGGUCUGUUUGUGGGUGGACAAAAGAUAAUGGGUAGGAGUAAUGACAUGCUUUUCCCAGUAGUUCCUUUGUGUAGCCUGUAUUUAAGACAAAAUAAGGUAAAGAGGCAUUGUUUGGUAUAAACAUAUCUUGUUCGUAGUAGUGCAAAAUAAGUUUUGAACUGCAGAGAAGAGAGUUUCUAAAAUGCAUGUGAGAUGUGCAGCACUUAAGGUUUGGAUCUUCAGUCUUGAGAGUUGUUGCUACUUUAAAAAAAAAAAAAAAAAAGAAAAAUAAUCCAAGUGCCAAAUUUCUAAUGCUAAAAAUUCAAUUCUCCCUCUUUCUUGUUCUUAUAUAUAAUUAACAAAGGGACAGGUAUGUGGUGUAAAUAUAUCAACACUUUGAUGGUGCAGAUAUUCUAUAUGACACUACCGCCCAGUUCCUAGGUGCAUAAGCUAGCUUCACGUGGUUAAAAAUAGAGCUUAAAACCCUCUCCUCUCACGAAGAGAAUACUUUUUUUUAAUCUCAUAAUCAGUGCCAGCUUUACUGCUUUAUAAAAUCAGAUUAUAUGUGUUUUAAAGAGAGGUAGUACUUCAUGUGAAAUUUCAGUAGCCAUGAAGUGGAAAUGUUAGUUACUAAUAAGACUGAUGGUGACUGCCAGUUAUGACUGCAUUAAUAACUGAUGUUCUGUAAUGACAUGCACGAUCACACAAAUGCUUAUCAACCAAACAGUAACUGAAGAGAAGUAUUUAAAUAGGCCAACCUGUUGAUUCUAAUAUUCUACUUCAGGGUACAGAGUGGGUAGUAUUGUAAGAUACUACUAGAUGACCAAUGUAGAAAUGUCUUUGUGAUUUAGGCUAAUAGUGUCUGAAUUCAAGUAAGUACUUCUUUGGUUUUGGAGUAAAGAAAAUGUUUUUGUUGUAAAUACUCCCUAAAAUAGGAAGCUGUAAUACCAUGGGGAGAUUGGCUGACUGAGUACAGGAAGUCCUUCUGUAAGCUGAACUGUCAGUUUGCUGUUAAGUUAGUGUUGACUUUUCACUAAUGCUUAUUGAUAGGCUGAAAUGCUGAAUUCCGUGCUUGUUAUUUGUAGCAUAAAACCAUAAAUGCUCUGAAUAAUUUUGAAGGAGAAAAACAGAAAUAAGGAUAAGUGGAAUGUUUUUAGUUUCUGAAGUAUAUUGAAAGGUUUUGUAGCCUUUUACUUUUUCAGACUGAUUCAAAGCACUUCUAAAGCUAUCCAGCAUAAAUUCUGCAUUAGAUGUUGGAGCUUACUGGAAUUAGGUGUGUGUAGAACUCUUUUUUUUUCUUCAAGUUAAUUACAUCUAUCUGUUUAUGGGGCAUACUUAGUUUUAGUAAAUGAAAUUAAUUUCCAGUCCUAGUUCUGUUAGCUCUGAAGACUCAGACUUGUUUUUAAUUAGGUUGUAUAUAGAAAACAUGUUCUGUAGUAAGGUUUUAAUAAUCUUCCUAACCUCACCAUUCUUCUCUUAAGUGGGGAAUGUGUGGAUAAAUUCCUACUUAAGUCUUUAGCUUGCAGAAAGUAUUGCAUGCUGAGGAAACUGGAUAUAUUACUACUCGGUGUACUCUGUGUUAAAUAUUUUCUAUGCUGCAGUGAAACUUUUUAAUCUUAUCUUAAAAUUCUGUUAAUUUAUGAUAAAGAACACUAAAGAUACUUCAAGAUUGUUGCUCUACACAAUAGGUAGUUGUUUUUCGGGAUAAGGAGUGUUUACUCAUUUGAAAUGUAAUCUGUUUUAAAAUGCGUAACUGAAUCUCAAUUGAGAAUGAGUGGCACAAAGCAGACAGUUACUUGCAGAAUGCAUUAUUUGUAUGUAUUCUAAAAUCAUUUUCUCAUGACAGAUAUGAUUGUCUCCCUAAGUGACUUCACUCCCCUCCCCCCCCCAAAAGUUUUGUUUCCUCCCCCUUCAGUCUAGGUUUUUCUGUUUGUUUCUGUCUGCAGACAGCUUCAGAAGCUUAUUUCAACCUUUGUUGCAGCAGUCUGACUUACCAGCAGUCAAAGGAAAUUUCAUUUUGGUGAAUGUAGGUUAAUUUAUACCAAGAACACAGGUGUACUUAUUUUGAUUCUUACAUUUAGUAGAAUCAUUAUUUUGAAGUGAAUGCUUGAAUAUAUUACUUAAGGUAAUAUGUGACUUCUUAAAAAAAUAGUUUUAAAUUUUUAACUAAGAACAGAAUGAGCAUUUUCAGUACAGAAAACUUGAGCUUUUUGUUGUGGUUUUGUGUAAAUGGCUUAAAUAAAAUAACAUUUUGG